UCAACACUGUCAAAGCCGUCGUUCAGACCAUUGUCGCUGCUCAAAGACCACCAAAGCGUUCAAUAUCAGUCGUCGACGGCUCGACAGUGUUGCUCGUGGUGUUCGCUAUCAACGAGUUCGGCAGGAGGCAGUGUCAAGCCGAGAGGAAGGCGCAGUCGCCGUACACCAAGGACCCUGCCCGCAGCCACAGCGACCGACGUUCACUCAUUCAGUUCGCUUUCCUUGGACUCGCACAACUUCACCUACGACCACCGAGAUACACACCCUCACACACCCGCUGCGACCAUGGCAGACCGCAACCCUCCUCCAAACGGGGUGCCGCGACGAAAGCCAGUGCCACAGCCGGCGUCAGCACAACCGCUUCCGGAGAACUGGGCCAAGGACCUCACGACGCAGUUCCGCCGCACACUAUCGACGAAGCGCAUGAAUGAGUUGAGCAGCAGACCCGGGUCGAUGAGGCGAUCAUCGUCCAGGCGAACAGAGCUCGUCGUCGUCCCANNCCCGUGCCCGCCCGCCAUGCGCCCGCGCCCCCGACGGACGCGCCCACAAUACCACAGAACGACAUCGAGCGACAGCACUCACCACCACCAGAGUACUCGUCACUCAAAAACAUUCCGACUGUUCCAACUCCACCCACUGACACCAAGUCGAUGCGAUUUCGAAAUAUGCUCGUUUCUUUAUCGAACACACCUUGCAAAUGGGAGAACCCAGGACUACUAGACGACGCAUUGGCUAAACUUCCACUCCAACGGAUAUAUGAUGAGGCCCAGGAGGAAUCGGAUCUUUACAUGGCCGAAGCAGCAUCGCUCGGCCCAAAUACAAAGCCAGCAUGGGGCUACCAGGACUGUGUGAUUCGCGCCAUGAUGAAAUGGUUCAAGCGGGAGUUCUUCGAAUGGGUAAACAACCCCAAAUGCUCAACAUGCAUGAUGCCAACAAUUGGACGAGGCAUGGUUGCGCCGCUUCCAGAGGAACAAGCCUGCAGUGCAUCACGAGUGGAGCUAUACCAAUGCAGCAACCCACAGUGCCAGUCCUUUGAGCGAUUCCCUCGCUACAACGACGCUUUCGUUCUCGUUGACACAAAACGAGGGCGCAUUGGAGAGUGGGCCACAUGCUUUGGCAUGCUCUGCCGCGCACUAGGGAGCCGAGUCCGAUGGGUCUGGAACGCCGAGGACCAUCUCUGGACCGAAGUGUAUAGCGCGCACCGCAGGAAGUGGGUGCACGUGGACUGCUGUGAGGAGGCUUGGGAUGCCCCACUGCUGUACACUCAAGGCUGGGGCAAGAGGCUCUCAUACUGCAUUGCUUUCUCCGCCGAUGGAUGUCAAGAUGUGACUCGUCGCUAUGUGCGCAACCCAGCUGAGCACGCUGCACCUCGUAACAAGUGCCCCGAGGGUGUACUGCUACACAUUCUUGCCGAGAUCAGAGCCAUGCGCCGUCGCGACAUGGACAAGCAAGAGCGCUUCCGUCUCAAUGCCGAAGACAUGAAGGAAGACGCCGACUUCCGCAAGAUGAUUAUCGAAGCUCUCGCAUACAACGUGAGCCGGAUCCUUCCUGGAGGCGAUGGAGUGAAGAGUGAUCGACCACGGACGGACCCCGACGCCUUGAAGGCGCUGGAAAGCGCGCAGGAAGAACGCCAACGACAACGCGCUCUUCGCAACCAACAAAACAACCACCAACAACCUCAACAAUGAUGCUGACAUCGACAACCUUUUCUACUUCACUUCGAGUGAUACCCCCUGGAAACCUUCUUCAUUCGAUUUUCGACGCGAUCUAGUAUCAGCGAUUUCCCCAACCACGCUGGCGGUCGACGACAUAUACCUCACCUUUCUCGUAUGUCAACACAUCAUGCUGCACAAGAGAAGCAGCAUUUCUCUCGGGUUUACCGUUUCCAUAUGUGCUACACUGUCACACAAUCUGUUCUUGGCGAGGAGUCCAUUGGAGCAUCACUGGCGCAAGACUUUGCAUAAAUUUGAGAAUUGGGAAUUACUGGGCAUGCAUCACGCUUUUACGCUUUCCGCUGUGCUAUGAAAUGGAUGAUACCACUUCUGGGCGACGGCAUUUGGGUCAAGCGAGGAGUUUCUUUUUUUCUGUUUACUAGUGUCUAAAUGGGCCUGUUUUGUCUUCUCUUAUACACACAUGGUCGAUGGAAGGAAGCAAAAAGACGAUGUGCACGUGAACAUUUUUUGAAGAGAUUAGCGAGAUACCUCUUGUUUGGCAGUAGAAGGAGAUGGGAUUUGGCCUUGGUGCCAAUAUCGAAGAAUUGACAAGCUUCUACAAUGCUUCUGCCUUCCACGAUGUUUCUGCGGUG